AUGGACAAGUCAUCUGCCGUCUUAGACGGCCCUUCCGUCGCCGGUCGUGCUGCCCAUAACAUGACUGACAGGCGGCGUUCCAACACACCCGACCCUUCUGCAACAUCCUCAAGCGCAACUACGGGCAGCCAAAACUCGAAACAGUCUUCAGCCAACAAUUCCAUAGGUCCCUCGCCCUUGGCCUCGAGAGAUUCCUCCCCCACGCGGCGUCCUCGAAGAGCCGCUUCAGCAAACCGGUUAUCUGGUACUCGAUCUCGAAAAAACAGCCAAACCGACAACAGCCCUUCGCGCCAGCAGCAGAAACGACCCAACUUAUCAGCUGCCACACCUUUACGCUCUCUGUCUUCGACCACCACACCCACGCUUCUGCCUUCUCAAGAUCAGGAACAACAAAUCCAAGCUCCGACACCCCAGAAACCAAACUUCAACGUAGACCUCAAAGAUAGCCCGCGAUGGCCAGUAUCGCCCCGUUUGCGAUCGCCACCUCCCCAGCUUAGUACUAGACCACCAGUUCCUGCUCGUCGAAGCGACCAGGAGCUCCCUUCUAUCAAUUUACAGCGGCCUACGCCCUCGCCACAGCCGCAACCCAUGCCUUCACCACAACCCAUGGAGCAGCAGACAGCAUCAGAGAGUGAGAUGGAGGAAGCACAGUUUCCCUCGGGUAUGCGCACACCAGGAAGAGGACCAUUGGAGACUGUCCAAGAAGUCAGCUUGCCAAGCUCACCCAAUCCUCCCAGCAAUACGGCUUUAAUGGAGAAGGUGAAAGAAAAACUCACAAAUUCGGAGAAUUAUUCUGAUCCUGCACUUGUUGAUGGACGAACAUUGCGAGCCAGAACCAGCUUGGUUGGGCAAGAAAGCGGGAGCGAUACAAGCAACAACAAGGCCGAAGUACGAAGACCGACGUCUGUCCCUCCGCCCAUGAUUACUCGACAAUCUAGUGCCUUGUCGAAUAAGCAAAUGAAGUCGAAGCAGGAUGGUACCAUACAGACCAUGACAGUAGAAACUGAAACCGUACCAAGCGUGCCACAGGUUGCGCUCACCACCGCACAGAAGAACGAAGCAUCUAACGGAACCCUCAAGACCAAGCAGAGUACUGAGACUAUCAAGCCCAAAAAGGAUAAGAAAAAGGUUACGCGCAAACAGCCUGCUGUUAAUUCAGGAAAUGCAUCCUCUAAAGCUGAUGUAUUCGAGGCAACUAUCGCCAGCGCUGUCGAUGAAGCAAACACUUCAGAUUCCGAAGAAACCUUUGUUUAUGAUUCCAAUCCUCCCGACAACAACGACCGAGCCGGACGACGGUUUCAUUCGCGAACUCCUAGCGCUACAUCUAUGGCUAGCCAGGCUGAUCGACAACAACUGCGUUCCAUCUAUGGUAUUAUGGAAGGUGCUGGUCCUGCACAUGGACCCAAAAAGACGAUGAAGUUCGUCAACACCUUCACCAGCAACGGAAACGAGAGCUUGGCAGUCGAGCCUGAAGAUGGGAAGGGUUCCAACCGGAGUGGUGGCAGUGGCUCAACACGGGGCACUUCGAGACACCACCAUCAUAUUGGUCGCUGGGGUCGACAGCCUGGCAACGGCCACGCCUCACUCUUCGACAACGAGUCACCUUUCCCGAACGCUGCCAGGUCGAAGUUGGCUAGCAACAACUCCCGCAAUUCUUCAGGACCACCAAGCCCCCGUCAGGCCCACUCCAGCCGUAACUUCGGCCAUAAACGUUCUGCGAUGCAAAUGUCGUCUAGUUACGAUAUGGAUGACACAACAGGCGCCGACGAUGAGCGCACACCUCUCCUCGGCUCGGUCCGCUCGGGUCGUUCAGGCCGAAAUCGUCGUGGACCACACAGCCUACGACAGACCGAAUCACAAACAUUUGCAAGACGGUCGUCAUACUUGAACCGGUUCGCAGCGUGCUUAGUUCUUACCAUGAUGUUCAUGCUUGUGAUUACCGGCGCGAUUGGUUUCAUGUUUGCCACUUCUCAACCGAUGACCGGCAUCGAAAUCACUGCUAUCCACAACGUUGUGACCAGUGACCAAGUUUUGAUGUUCGAUUUAACUGUCAAAGCACAUAAUCCUAAUAUUGUUGUCGUUACGAUAGACCACGCAAACCUGGAGGUGUUUGCGAAGUCGGAGUAUACUGGAACCGAUUCGGAUUGGUGGGCUCGGCCAUUCCCUCAUGGGCCAGACGACCUUCGCAUAACCGAUGACCCAGAGAAUGACCCUCCGUUGGAAGAUCCCGACCCAGAUGACGAUCUUCGACCCAAUGUUCUUCUUGGUCGCAUUACGGAAUUCGAUAGUCCUCUCACAUUUGAGGGCUCCCUAUUUCAUCAGGGGACCUCUUCCUCGACUGGCGAGAUGCAACUACAAUAUCCCUUGAACAACACAGUAGGGGGUUCCAGACGAUGGGAGCGAAUUUACCAGAACGAGUUUGAUCUGAUCGUUAAGGGCGUGGUCAAGUAUACUCUUCCGAUGAGCGCCCGUAUUCGCAGCGCCACCGUCUCUGGAAGGAAGGCAGUCAGCCCGAACUCUACAAACGAUCCAUCGAACAGCACUUUGGUCGAUCCUCCGACCUAG